GACCCCUCUCUUGGCACCCGCAGCGUUGACCCACGGCUUGGGUCCAUGAGGCUGACGUGGAAAUCUGCGCUGAGGGGAUCCGACGCGUUCUGAUCGAUGGCACAAAUCUUGAUGGAAAGAUAGAUGUGUUGACGUGAUUUAAAGGGAGGCGGCGGGGCACCCAAUGCUACCGGUGCCAUCUCGAUAGGCUCGCAACCAACGGUCUCAAUCGGCCGUAGCGCUUCGAGGCAAGCAAAGUAUAAUCUUCCCACACACACACUCUCUCUCUCGUUCGGCUGAUAACUAGCGUUUCCCUCUUCCAUUUCUCCACCACCACCACCACAAUGCCGUCGUCUCAUCAUCUCCUCCUGCUCUCCCUGUCUCUCCUCCUCCUCCUCCUCUUCUCCGCUUCCUCUACUCCAGUCUCCCUUCAACUCAGUCGCUUUCCUCUGCCUCCCCAUCCCGACCCCCUCCACCGCCUCGCCGCCCUGGCCUCCGCCUCCGCCCUCCGCGCCUCCCUUCUCAAGAACCCCCGCCGCCACGACGCCUCUCCGGCUCCUUAUCGCUCCCCACUCUUCCCCCACUCAUACGGCGGUUACUCCCUCACGCUCGCCUUGGGCACCCCGCCGCAGCAACUUUCCCUCCUCCUUGACACCGGCAGCCACCUCACCUGGGUCCCCUGCAGCUCCUCCUACCAGUGCCGGAGCUGCUCCUCCCCCUCUGCUGCCCCCAUUAUCCCCUUCCUCCCCAAGUCUUCAUCCUCCACUCGCCUCGUCGGCUGCCACAACCCCCGCUGUCUCUGGAUCCAUCCCCGGGACCGCCUCUCCCGCUGCCCCUCCUGCAACUCCACCUCCGACGACGGCUGCCCUGCCGUCCCCUGCCCACCUUACGCCAUCAUCUAUGGCUCCGGCUCCACUGCCGGUCUCCUCAUGCUGGAGACACUCGCCUUCCCCCACCGUACCGUCCCCGACUUCGCGGUCGGUUGCUCCAUCCUUUCCGAACGCCAGCCCGCUGGCGUCGCUGGAUUCGGCCGCGGCGCUCCCUCCCUCCCGUCCCAAAUGGGGCUCAAGCGCUUCUCCUACUGCCUCAUAUCCCGGCGCUACGACGACGACGCCGUCGAGAGCGGUUUCCUCGUCCUCGACCCCGCCAAGGACGACACCUCCAGCGGCCUCAGCUUCACGCCCUUCCUCAACAAUACCGCCGCCGGCGCGGACGAAGCGUCGCCCUUCUCCAUCUACUACUACGUCGGGCUGCGGGAGAUCGCCGUAGGCGGCGAGAAAGUCGGAGUCCCCCGUUCCGCCCUCAUCCCCAACUCCCGCGGCAACGGCGGCGCUAUCGUCGACUCCGGCACCACGUUCACGUACAUGGCACCGCCGGUGUUCAAGCCUCUGGUCGCCGCGUUCGUGAACCGCGUGGCGGGGCGGUACAAACGGUCCGCCGCCGUGGAGGCCCGGACGGGUCUGCGACCCUGCUUCGCUCUGCCGCCGGAUUCGGCCGAGGUGGAGCUACCGGAGCUGACCUUCCGCUUCGAUGGCCACGCCGAGAUGCGGCUCCCGCCGGAGAACUACUUCGCGUUCACGGGGCCGGAUAGGGCGGCAAUGUGCCUCACCAUCGUCUCCGACAGCGACGGCGGCGCCUCCUCGGAUAACGCCGGCGGCCCGGCGAUCAUACUGGGCAACUUCCAGCAGCAGGACUACUACAUGGCGUACGACCUGGAGAAGGGGCGGUUGGGGCUCCGGCGGCAGUCGUGCCUGAGGUCGUGACGAACAAAGCGACAUAAAUAGGUGCUAUUAACCGCCAAAAGGUCGAUUAACCAAGAAAUAAAACUAGUUUUCCGUUGAUAAUAACGGACGUACGAUUUGUGUACGGUAAAAGCAUGAAGAUUAUGAUGACCGUCGUAAUUCCCGUGAGAUCAGAGUCGUUGGUUAUGAAUCGCACGGCAGUGAUGCCUAAUCGUGUCGAUUAGGCUCCUUCGAAGGCGUCUCCUUUUUAGCUGCUUUGAAGAUGUGCACAGCAAUUAAUAUUCUAUCUUGUGAAGGGUAAAAGAUAACACGGGGAUCUCAGUCUCUUUUUGCCCUUUCUUUUAGCUUCUGCUGUAAGCUUGCUAAUCACGAUUCU